AUGGGCUGGUCACUAUCACGUCUUAUGAGGAUCCACCAUGAGUUUUCAUCGGCAAAAGCUCGUAUCCUGAUGCUUGGGUUGGAUGGGGCAGGUGUGACGUUCACUCAUGUGUGCGACGUGGGGGGUCAGCAGAAGAUCCGACAGCUGUGGAGACAAUACUACCCCAACACACAAAGUCUGAUCUAUGUGGUGGACAGCGCAGAUCGGCUGCGCAUGAAGGAAGCCUUGUCGGAGCUCCAUGGGAUCUUCAGUUCGCCAGAGAUGGCGGGGGUGCCGGUAGUGGUGAUAGCUAACAAGCAGGAUUUGCCGGGUGCCCUAAAGCCCCCCGAGGUUGCUGAGGAACUUGACAUCCGCGACCUCAAAAACCGCGCGCACAUACACGGCGCAUGCGCACCAAAUGGAGAAGGGCUGUUCGAGUCGGUGCGGGAAAUGUCACGUCUUGUGAAAUACGUACCGAAGAAAGGUCGAUGAUGAGUAUGGUCUCUCCACAAUGUCCAAUAUAACAAACCAGUCAAAACUGCCGAGGGGACAAUUAUGACGCACAUAGGGAACAGCUCUGCCCUCGGAAAUACGGCUUCAUUUACGUCUUGAUCUGACACAGAAGAUGACGUCCACAGCUCUACCGGGGCCUCUCCGGAUGUCCACCAUCCUGCAUGUAACUUCGCAUGACAGAGAUACUUGAUAUUGCUUGUUCCGGGUACUGUUAAGGCAGGCUAAAAUAUUGAAUCCAACUACACGUGAGUGAGCGAGUCAGUCAGUUAGUCAUUAUUGUUUUGUUGUUUGUUUGUAAAUGUUAUGUAAAUAUUGUUUGUAUUUUUUUCUUC